GACAUAUGACAGUUGACAGACAAUCCGAGAUUGAGGUUAGAAGUUGGAACAAAUUUUAUUUUGAAAAUUGUAUCUGAAAAUAAUUUUUAGUUCUAUAAUGGUGAGUAAAAUUAUCGAAAAUGAGCGAAUCUUACCUUAUAUUGCAAGUCACUAUUCCAUCUUCUCAAAUUCACAUAGUAGAUAGUAUAUUAUUAUAUUGUUUAUCCAAAUGUUAUGAACAAGUUAUGAUUUAAAAAAAGUAUUUUUCAAGCAAAGCAAAGGCCACUGAAGGCACUUGAAUCUCUAAUAAUUAGAGUUGUUUCGUUUCAACUGGAUGUUUACUUACCAUAGCAACUCCCUUCCAAAGUGUAGUGUUUUAUUGAUUUGAAAAGGUAGUGAUAAAAUUUUUCAGGUAUUAACCAAAACCAUAUGGAGGUUCUUUCACUCAUCUGGUACAAAUUUGGCAGUUGAGAAAUCUCUUUUGGCCACACUUCGAAAAAAGACUGGUUACACAUUCAGCAACUGUAAGAAAGCUUUGGAAAUGCAUAAUAAUGAUUUGAAUCAUGCUGAAACAUGGUUGAAACAGCAGGCUCAGGCUUUAGGGUGGUCUAAGGCUACAAAAUUAGAAGGUAGACAAACUAUGCAGGGUCUAGUAGGAGUAGCAGUUAGAGAUGAUGAAGGUGUCUUGGUUGAAGUGAACUGUGAAACAGAUUUUGUGGCCAGAAACAAGGAAUUCCAAAAGAUUGUUGAAGAUGCUGCAAUGUCUUGUUUGAAUUUCAUCAAGAGUCAACGGAAAUCACAGGACACCAUCACCAAGAUCUGUCUAGAUGCAGAACAGCUCAAGAGUUUGAAGACCCUCGAUGGAAAAUCGUUGGCUGACCAGCUUGCCAUGAUGAUUGGUAUAGUAGGAGAAAAUGCAACUCUUAAGAGAGCAUUGUGUCUGAAAGCUGGGAAUGGCGUUCAACUUUCAGGAUAUGCUCAUCCAUCUGGUAAUUCAAAUAACAACAUUCUAAUGGGCAGAUUAGGUGGUUUAUUAGCAUACAGAGUAAUAGAACCCACAGAAAAUGCAACUGAAGUUAGCAAAGGCCUCUGUCAACAUAUUGUUGGAAUGGAUCCGAAAAAAAUAGGAUCGUCCACUGAUGAACCGUCCAAAAACAAAGAUGAUGAAAAAUGUCUGAUUCAUCAAGAUUACCUGUUAGAUGAGAGUGUUACAGUGAAAGAUCUCCUCAGUGAGAGCAAACUGGAAAUUGUAGACUUCAAGAGAUUUGAAUGUGGUGAAAGUUCACAUGCUGUUGGAGAUCAACCACUUGAGUAUGUAGAAACAUGUCAGUGAAUUACUUAGACUCAGGUAUUUAUCAUGUUAUGUCAUUAUAUUGUUUUCAUUAUUGUAAAUAAAGGUUUUCAGUUAACUCUGAAUCAUGAAAAAAGAUUAAUUUUUACCUAAGUUA